AUGUUUGCUAUUUAUAUUAAAUUACGUAUUGGUCAAUUCAAACGUGUUUCUUUACCAACAUAUUCAGAUCUUAUUGAAGAAACUCAUACAUCUCAGUCACUUGGCUUUGACAAUAUUUUUCCCAAUGAACUUUGCGAACGAGGUGGCCAAAUGAUCUUUAUUAAACUUAGAGAAUCAAUAGAAAAAAAUAAGUUAUAUGUUCAUUGUAAUGGUAAACUUCUUAAUCAAAAUGAUUUUCAAGUAGAUAAAACAAUUUUAUCAUUCGAAUCACCUGUAUGUACACAAAAUAGAAAGGAUGUUGAAGUAACUGCACACAUUGAAAAAACUCUUGGUUAUACCACUUAUACAGUACCAUAUCAUCUUCAUGGUGAUCAUUCUGAACCAUGUGGAGUGAUUAAUGAAGACUGA